UUUCAUUUUGACAUUGUUUGGAAGUAGAUCAAUUAGGUUUUCCAACUCUUCUAACCAUUAGAUUUUGUCCCUCAAAAAGGAAAAGAAAAUAAAAGAAUAGUGAAAACUAAAGUUGGUGUCCAUGUCAUUAAAAGUAAUGCUUCUUCAUCACACUUUAGGGUGUCAAAACUCCUAUUUUCAAACAGCACCAUAUCCAUAUAAACCACCCCCAAUCCCACAUUCGUACAGAGCCAAAAGAGCAAACUUCCCCUUCAUUCUUCUUCUCCUCCUUACAUGCAGGUGGUGGCCAGCACAAUGAGGCGGCCGUCAUCACCGACGCUCAGCGGCAGCAGUGGCGGCAGGGGAGAUGAGAAUGGCGGUGGUGUGAAGAAGGGGCCUUGGACGCCGGAGGAGGAUGAAAAACUGGUAGAUUACAUCCGAAAGAACGGGCAUGGAAGCUGGAGAGCAGUCCCCAAGCUCGCUGGGCUUAACCGCUGUGGGAAGAGCUGCCGCCUCCGGUGGACGAACUAUCUCCGGCCUGACAUCAAGAGGGGCAAGUUCUCUGAGGAGGAAGAACAACUCAUCAUCAAGCUUCAUUCGGUUCUGGGAAACAAGUGGUCAGCCAUUGCAAUGCGACUUCCAGGAAGAACUGAUAACGAGAUCAAGAAUCACUGGAAUACUCAUCUUCGUAAAAGGUUGCUGCAAAUGGGUAUUGACCCGGUAACGCAUAGGCCAAGAACUGAUUUCAACUUCAUCGACGCCCUUGCAAAUCUACCUCAGCUGCUCGUUGCCGCUGCCAACAUGGGCAAUAACAGCAAUGUCGCAAAUCCUCUUUGGGACAGUAUUAACGCUCUCAGGCUAUGUUCAGAUGCGGCACAACUAGCAAAUGAACUCCAGUUGUUGCAGAAUUUCAUGGCACUUCAAUUACAACUCCGGGGUAGUGUUAACAAUACCACGAACGAGGCUCAGAACCAAAUUCCAGAAUUAGCAACUCAGUUUGGUUCCUGGAACCAGCUUCUUGAUCAUCUCGCAUUACUGAACCCACAGUUGCAGGGGGGAUUGUGUAAUCCGGGAAGCUCAUACAAUUUUAGUAGGCUACCGCCAAACAUCAGCGGUUCUGGUUCAGUUGCCACUUCAUCAACCUCUCAAAAUUCAGAGAUUCAAAUUCAUCAUCCCGGUAUCAUCUCAAACGAGACUAAUCAAAGGCAAACAACCAACUCCAACGUUUCCAGAAUUAAUGACGACAGCAAUAAGCUCAUGACUAAUGCCUUCACAGUGUCGUCAUCAUCAUCAUUAAACGUUCCCAGUGGCGAGGACAUUCCUAGUAAUCCAAUAUUUCCCGCACUAAUCCCGGCAUCCCCUUUCCCCGAGAAUCCAAGCAGUAGUAUUGAUUGGGAAACCGACAAAGAAAAAUAUACUAUUUCAGCAAACCUGAAGCACGAUAUUCCCAACCAUGUGCCUAAUGCAACGACCACCUUUGAAGCUUGGAGAGACAUUAAAGUGGAUGAUGAUGAAGCAACCGACUCUUACUGGCAAGACAUCUUAUACCAAACCUUUUCUCCAUAACCAGUUCCACAAACCAGCGGUUUUCAUUGCUUGAUAGCAGACAAGAAUUUCUGACCAAUUGAUCCUGAUUACUGUCCAGUCUAUAUUAUCAAAUUCUUGUAAAGAAAUGCUCACUAUUAUUUUAGUGGCUUGUUUGUAGCUAGACAAGAACAAAUAAAGAAUAUAUGACGGAACAUUAUUUUCCUUUUCUAUCACCAGUUUAGGGAUAAAAAAGAUGUUGAAUCUAUUUAUAUAGGAACAACGCUCUUAUUGGUAUGUUACAGUUGGGUAACCAUUGUAUACAGGCUCCGUGCCAAACAUCAUCGACUCAAUUAUUCAAUACCUUUUAAACA